AGCAGAUUCAAGGUUGCGAUGCUCGCCACAAACAGGAUGUCCACUUAUUUUAUGGCGUGGCUCAUCUCAUCUUGCGAGCGGGCCAAGGUCUGAGUAUUUUAAUCCCCCUCGACCGACUCUUGCCGGGUCUGGACACCAUCGUUCGAACCGCGUACAAGAAAUGCAAGCAGCGUCUCCCGACUUCGUGUUACCCCUAAGACUCCGUUCAUACGGAUGAGGGGCGUGGCAAGCUGCUUUUGGGAAGCGUUGUGGGGAUCGGGUGGCCGUGUACAUCUCGUCGAUACUGUAUAGUCAUCGACGAGAUCGGUCGCUCUUUAGCUCAAUUUGCGACGCGCCAAGCACGUACACAUCGGUGUUCUGGUGUUACUCAAUUCAGACUACUCUGGAUCUGCUGCAUUUCUACAAAUUUUUCUCGACAUGUGCUCUUUGCGAGCACAUCAGGAAAUGCACUUAUUACACUUCACAGUUUAGGUCUUGCUAAUUAGGAAGUCAUGAAAAUUAUUCUGCAGCAUGUCAAGGUUUGGGUUGUGUGGCAUUAAGGUGUUCGUAGCACUGGACACCCACUUACGGGCUUUGCGGUUGUGCAGGGCAUUUUCAUCUGCAUCUAGGAUUUUACUUAACUGUCAUCCACUUAAAAUUGAUCACGCUUACAGCCACCUCUUGUUAUCCCUUACAUAUUGCUAUUGUCCUCGAUUGCUGGCGUGUUGGAGUAUCACUGUCCAAAGGCGAAUAAACCCGCGACUUCUGAAGGUGCUUGAUUUCACUUCUUUACAAGAAACAUUUUUGAUGUCACGCGCAUCGCAUGGUUGUCCGGAUCGUUCUACGCAUAUACGCACAGAUUAUUCUGUCAUGACUGGACGAGUCAUACAGCAGUGUAUCUGCUAAUGGCUUGUUUCAAUUCGAUAUUAUUCGACGUCUCAAAAGGUCAACCUGUUUCAUUCAUUGAUGUAGUUAGGGCUAUUCAACUAGUAUUCAAUACAUAUUGACUACUCGUGCAUUAUGAGACUGGUACAUGUCUCCGGGUCUUUGCUGUUGCCUUAUCUAACGAGGAUCGUCUUGGGAAUCUCCCUGGCCUGAUUUACAAGUGUCUUUCUGGCCUAACUUUCAGUGUACAGAAGGACGAUCCAUUCGUUAAUGCCUUUUUGGAGACAAGUGGAAGGACGGGUAAACUUACGAAUGCGUGAUUCUAGCUCUUUCAGUACGGCCUCCUCCACAUCCUUCCGUGUACUCAGUUUCGCAUAUUUGAUUAUCUGUUACAGAAUUGGCAUAUAAAAGGGCAGCUUACUUAUGCAAUGCCAGCGUCCUUCAACGGCUGAUUCGUCUUCGUGGACCCGGACAUACACGAACUUUGGAUCGCCUUCCUUAUAGCCUAGAGCUCCAUUCACUGGAAUGUGUAAAUAAUCAGAGCCCGACCA